AUUUUAAUGUUCAAACAAUCAAACUUCAAAUUUAACUAGCACGUCACCUGCGUCGUCUUUCACACUCUGCAAAAAGCAACAACGACCACCACCGCCCCACCGCAACCACCGCCACUCCCCUCUUCUAAAACACUGUCUUUUCCAUUAAGCUGCCGAAAGACACAGAUCAUCCUCUGCUACCUCCUACGAUCCGAUUCCACGCUGCUUCACACUCAGCAGAAUCAAAAUUCACAUUCUCCUCGCUGCUUUGGAAUCUUCCUUACCUCCAUUUCCAGGUUUAGUUCUGUUGCAAGAAGAGUUCCCUGGUUGCUUCAUCUCUAGCUUCUGUUUUUGUUGCUCUUGGUCUUCUCCACAAGAAGCGACUUGCCGCUCUGUAGUUGCAUGAUUGGGCAUAAGAAGUUCUGAUCAGUUUCUUGGUACUCGGGUUCUGUGAUAGGCACCUGAGGUAGACAACUGGUGAGAGCUGUAUCCUCGUUUUAUGUAGGAUUAGGGUUUUGGGCGAAGGUUUAAGCGGAUUUAAGGGUUUAUAUGGGAAGGGUAGAAGUAGAACUAGCAUGCUUUUGUUGUUUUGAAUCCGAUCCAAUUGAAAUUAGGGUUUCCCUUUUAUGACAGUAAAUUGAGAAUGGUGAGGCUACUCGGGUUCAUUCGUGGUUUUGAUGAGCCCAGGGAAAUCACGUCGAGGUCGAACCUCACCGGUGAGUCAAGUGAAAACGGCUGGCUCAUCAGGUUCUUUGACUCGGAUUUCUUCUGUGAGUGGAUUGCUGUUAGCUACUUGUACAAGCAUGAUCACGCCGGGGUGCGUGAUUAUCUCUGUAAUAGAAUGUAUACUCUUCCCUUGCAGGGGAUUGAGAGUUAUUUGUUCCAAGUAUGUUACAUGAUGAUACACAAGCCCAGCCCCUCCUUGGAUAAGUUUGUCAUAGAUGUGUGCGCCAAGUCGCUUAAGAUUGCUUUGAAAGUGCAUUGGUUCUUGUUGGCCGAGCUUGAGGAUUCUGAUGACAAUGAAGGGAUUAGUAGGGUUAUGGAGAAGUGCCAGAUUGCAGCCACCUUGAUGGGCGAGUGGCCUCCCUUGAUUCGCCCUCAAACCGAGACUCCGAGUUCUGGAGGCAAGUUGAAUAGGUUACUGUCUUCGAAAUCUCGCUUUUUGUCUCUGACAUCCUCCCCGCCGUCACAGAAGUCUUUAUCGUUCUCACCUCCUUCGGGGAACAUUGUGCAAGAGGAUGGCAAUCCUUUAUCUCCUGAUGAGAACAAGAUAUUUAAGAAGCUUAUUCCAAGUCCAAAGUUUAGAGAUGCUUUGCGUUUUAGGAAGUCAGUGGAUAAAGACAAUAAUGAUUCUGAAAAGGAUGGGUUUUUCAAGAGACUUCUAAAAGAUAGCAAAGGUGAGGACGAGCUAGGCCAGAAAAUACGAGAUGCAUUUUCCUUUCGGAAGUCAUCUGAAAAAGAUGACGAAGACUCUGAAAAGGAUAAUUUUUUUAAAAGGUUAUUAAGCAGUAGGGAUAGUAAGGGUGACGAAGAAGACUCUGAAAAGGAUGGUUUCCUUCGAAGAUUAUUGAGGGAUAGAGGCGAGGAUGAGGAUUUGACCUCAAGUUCUGAGGGAUUUUUUAAGAGAUUGUUUCGUGAUAGCAAGAAUGAUUCUGAGGAUGGAACUCACACUAAAACAAUUGAAGAUGCAGAGAAAGAGGGGCUUUUCCGAAAGUUUUUCCGGGAGAAAUCUGAAGAUAGAAAGGAGGGGACUGAUAGAAAUGACGGAGUUGCUAAUUCUGAAGAGAAAUGUGUCAAACCUGUGGAAGAAGAUGAAAAAGAAGGGUUUAUCAGGAAGUUUUUCAAGGAUAAAUUUGAGGACAAGAAAGAUACAAACGAUAAAACUGAAGAGGGCACUGCCAAUGGUGAGGAAGAAGAGCUUUUCGAGUUUUCCUUGUUCAAAAGACUGUUUCGGGUGCACCCAGAAGAUGCUAAACGUAGUCCCGCCAAUGAAAAUGGCAAUAAAGGUGGCUUGUUUGAGAGUAGUCCAGGUACAGAGAAUUUUUUUCGCAAAUUAUUUAAAGAUCGUGACCGAUCAAUAGAAGAUUCAGAGUUAUUGGGAUCAAAGAAGCAGAAAGAGAAGCAUCCUGGAUCACCAAAGCAACAAAAUGAAAAAUCAACCACAAAGCCCCCACUACCAUUUAGUGCAUCUCAGUUUCGCAAAGGAGCUUACCAUGAUUCACUGGAGUUUGUGCAAUCAUUAUGUGAGACAUCAUAUGGCUUAGUGGAUGUAUUUCCAAUUGAAGAUCGAAAAAGUGCUCUGCGUGAGUCACUUGUAGAGAUCAAUUUACAUGUAACAGAUGCUCAGAACAAUGGAGGAGUAUGUUUUCCGUUGGGAAAGGGCAUGUAUCGUGUGCUGCAUAUACCUGAAGAUGAAGCUGUUCUCUUGAAUUCUAGAGAGAAGGCACCUUACCUAAUCUGUGUUGAAGUUUUGAGAUGUGAAAUUCCAAGCAAUUCCAAGGAGGCAUCUAGCUCCCAGAAACUUUCCCAAGGUGGAAUUCCUUUGGCAAAUGGAGAUGCUCUAUUGCACAAGCCACCCCCUUGGGCUUAUCCAUUACGGACAGCACAAGAAGCAUAUCGAAAUAGCAACGAUAGGAUGUCAAGAUCUACUGCUCAAGCAAUUGAUCAGGCAAUGACCCAUGUACCCGAGGCAAAAAAUAAAUUUGUUAGUGUGAAUCUUUCUGUGGAGAAACAAUUACCUCGACAGACAGAGAAGACUGAAUUGGCUAAACUACCUGGAAGUACUCGAAAUAUUGCUUCAAUUCACAGAAAGGGUGUACACGGAAAAGCAGGACAUGACAGUGAUUUGGAAUGGGUACGAGUAGUCUUGACAGCUGAUCCUGGGGUUAGAUUGGAAGAUAUUGAGGAUCAAGCACCACCUCGGAGGAAGGAACAUCGCCGUGUUCCAAGUACAAUUGCAAUAGAAGAAGUAAAGGCCGCGGCAGCAAAAGGUGAAGCACCUCUUGGACUCCCUUUGAGAAGUUCUGGUCAAGAUUCAUCUGAUGCACAACCAAGUGUUAAUGGAAUUACUCCCAAAGCCAGUGACGCCUUAUCUGGUGAACUUUGGGAGGUGAAGAAAGAGAGAAUACGCAAAGCUUCCGAAAAUGGGAAGUUACCUGGUUGGGAUCUGCGAUCUGUUAUUGUAAAGAGUGGUGAUGAUUGUAGACAGGAACAUCUGGCUGUUCAACUUAUUUCUCACUUCUAUGAUAUUUUCCAAGAAGCUGGACUACCUCUUUGGUUGCGCCCUUAUGAAGUUUUAUGUACUUCUUCGUAUACGGCUCUUAUUGAAACGAUUCCAGAUACGGCUUCUCUACAUUCAAUCAAAAGUAGACAUCCCAACAUCUCAAGUUUGCGUGAAUUCUUCAAUGCCAAGUAUCAAGAAAAUUCUCCAAGUUUCAAACUUGCCCAGAGGAACUUUGUCGAGAGUAUGGCUGGGUAUUCCCUUGUGUGCUACCUAUUACAGGUGAAGGAUAGGCAUAAUGGAAACCUUUUAUUGGAUGAAGAAGGUCACAUCAUACAUAUUGAUUUUGGCUUCAUGCUUUCCAACUCACCUGGCGGUGUUAAUUUUGAAAGUGCACCUUUCAAGUUAACCCGAGAGCUUCUUGAGGUCAUGGAUUCUGAUGCUGAAGGUGUUCCAAGCGAGUUCUUUGAUUACUUCAAGGUUUUAUGCAUUCAAGGGUUCCUUACUUGCCGCAAGCAUGCUGAGCGAAUUAUUCUUCUUGUCGAGAUGUUGCAGGACUCAGGUUUUCCAUGCUUUAAAGGCGGUGCAAGAACAAUACAGAACUUACGAAAGCGAUUUCAUCUGAGUUUAACAGAAGAGCAAUGUGUCUCCUUGGUGCUUUCACUUAUUAGCAGUAGUCUGGAUGCGUGGAGGACACGGCAGUAUGAUUAUUACCAGAAAGUUUUGAAUGGAAUAUUGUGAGAUAAUAGGUUAAUAAUGAUCACUUGCUUGUUCCAUUUUUAACCAAGCUUGCGUGUCAAUUGAUUCUCAGUGGAGACACUUUUGAGGUUUUUGACAGAGUGAAGGAUAAUAGGUGGUGGCAUGCAGCAACCUCUUUUCUCCUGAUAGGAGGAAGAUUCUAAGAACCAAAAUACGUUAACAGUACACCAGGCCAAAUUUGCUGAAUCCUGGGUCUUUUAUAUUAUCUUUUCUUUCAUUACAUCUUCAUGUGCAUGAAGCUGCUACUUGGUGAAAGAAGCUGCAUGAGCCUCCUAAGCGUUUGGAUAGUACAGUGUACAGGUAUUUUUGGGGAAUAGAACGGAUUCACGUUGGAUGUUCUACGUGGUGCAAUUACGGAUUCAUGCAGAGUCAGAUGCAGGGCCAGCACACUCUUCUGCAUGACCCUUUCAUGGAAGAAAUCGUGGGCAGGUCUACGGUGUUGGGCAACUACUCUGUUAUUUUUGGUAAUGAUCUUAGCUGUUCAACGCAUCUGUCUUCCCAGAUUUGAUUCUUCAAUACUUCACUCCGGAAAAUUGUAAUUGAAAUUUGUUAAUGAUGUUGCUGCAUUGUUUGCAAUAUUUAAUUUUAAAAUGGAAACUAAAUUGGUGAAAUAUAUGUAAAUGAUAUUAUAAUGUGAUAUACAUUAAUAUGGUUUUCAUGCAAAUUGCCAGGGAUUUGUAUUGUCCUA